AGAAGGGCAAACGCAUCUCUGCUGUCCUCUGACCUCUCCUCUCCUCUUCCUCAUCUCCGCGGACACGGCAAAGCUUCCUUCCCAAAAUCCCCAAAUCGAAGCCGAGGAAACUCUCUCCCGCACGACCCAACAGCCCCCGUCCCCCGCCGAUAGCCGCCGUCCGCCUCGCCCGCCUGCCGGCCGCCCGCCUGCCCGCUCGCUCGCCCGCCAGGUUUCGCUUCGCCCGCUAGCCGAGGCAUCGGGGCGGAUUGGAUCGCCGGCGAUGGACUGGAGCGCGGUGACGGCGGAGGACCUGGUGGCCGCGCUACGGGAGGUGGACUGGUCCACGCCGCCGCGCCCCGUCCCGGAGUUCUUCUCCCGCUUCACCGUCCCCCGCUCCUACUCCAAGUGGACCAGCCGUCUCAAGUGCAACCUCUACUACUACAGGACAAACUACUUCAUCUUGAUCAUGUUCAUUCUUGGGCUGGGUUUCCUUUGGAAGCCAGUUGCUAUUCUUGCAGCUUUUAUGACUGGAUUCAGCAUUGCAUUUCUUAAUGACAGUUUUGCUGUCACUUUUAAUGAGAAAGUCACACGAACUGUCAGGCAGUUCUCACCACAUUUAGCUGCAAAGAUGAGACCACCGAUAACCCCUGUUAUUCGUGGUCGACCAAGCUCGAAGAGAUCAAUUCAUAUUUGUGGUCGGCCUCGCUGGUUGUUUGUUCUUUUAUUUUCGGCAGUUAGCUGCAUGCUCUGGUUGACCUCAUGCAGUCUCCUCACGGUUCUAUGGGCGCUUCUCAUUGCUCUGCUUACAACGGUACUUCAUGCCAGCUUCAGAACACCUAAUUUGAAAGCACGUCUUAAUACGUUCAGAGAGGAAUUCCGAGCAGUUUGGCGGAAUUAUAGUGAGCUCUAGAGCUCCCUCAGUUUCAAGGUGAUAAGAUGUGCUUAGUGCUGAAGCUUCCCUGCUGUCUGUGCAUUGUGUCUGUGGGAGAUGUACAAAGGUGAUACGCAGUUGUGAUUACUGGCUCAUUUGGAGGUGGACCAGGACCGACUCUGUAGGUGAUGCUAUGCCUCGGUCCGCAGUCCUCCGUAUCACAGUAGUUGUUCCUUUGGACUUCUCCCUAUAUAACCAAAGCUUUGGAGGAAGAACAGCAUGUAAAGGAUGUAAACAAAGUAUUCUGAUCUAGACAAAAGCAUAUGUUGUUUGUUGA